AUGAGCGGCUACAAUCACUACGCCAAUUUCGGCGGUGGACAUUCGCAACACGUUGAUGUUUUUGGUUCUUACCAGGACCUCAUUGAUCCCAGUGGCCUGCCUGCAAUCAGUCAUGCCCCAAUGCCAUCAUCUACGCCCGACCCUCCACGAUCCAUACAGCCCAACGGCAACUACAACUUUUCCUACCCGGGAAUUUCGAAUAUUCCCCAGACGAACGCUGGACAAUCGCCCUUUAAGGCUUCAGGACCGACGGCUCCCUUGGCGCCACUGAAAAACGCACCUAAUGGAGUCAUGAUGAAUUCGCCCCAUAUCAUGCCUCCAAACAUGCAGUCCCACGGAAGCGACUUUGUGCCUCAGAAACAGGCGACGUUGGCUCAUCAAUACAACCCAGCUCAACUUGGAUUGGCUCCGGGGAAGGAUUCAAACCUAGCUGGGGUUCCAUUCCUACACAACCCGACGCAGAACAUGUUGAUCGAACAAUACUAUCCAACCAGCGCGAACGGAAAAAGACUCCUUGAAGCCCCGUCAAUCAAAGACAGUCGCCCGCAAAAACGCGCCAAACUCGAAAACCAACCACUUCCGCCCCCAGAAUCAUUCCCACCCAUCGUCGACGAUGGAAUCAAGCCUAGUCAUAGCUAUGCCAUGCUGAUUGGAAUGGCUAUCCUCCGGUCUCCGCACCGCCGACUAACUUUGGCUCAGAUAUACAAAUGGAUAACAACAAACUAUCGUCACUACCGCGAAGCCGCUGACAACGGUUGGCAGAACAGCAUCCGUCACAAUCUGAGCUUGAAUAAAAACUUCAUCAAGCACGAACGACCCAAGGAUGAUCCUGGAAAGGGCAGUUACUGGGCCAUCAUGCCGGGAAUGGAACAUGUGUACAUGAAGGAGAAGCCAGGCCGCAAGUCCAUUUCAACGCCGGAAGGCAUGACAAUCAUGGGCAGCCUUAUGGAAAACUCAAUACUACCUCCGUUUCCCAAGUCGGAACCGAAGCUGCCUCCGCAGACAUGUUCUGAGCCUAUUUCGGAAGAGACUUCAACAACAGCCACAGUAUCGCAAUCGCACUCCGUUCAGCAGCCAGAUCUUUCGUCAGACGCAACUAUCCCCCCGACCGAGGAGCCUCUGGACAAGACUGCUGAAGUUGACGCUACCGUUGAAUUGGGUUCCUUCUCUCCCACCGCUGCCGACAUGAACUCGUCGCCACCUCUACCAAAGCACUCUGAACCACAAGGCGGUACACCACCUUCGAUGAUGCGGCGCAACUCAGCGACACUGAACUCACAUCGGAGGCAACGGCCUUCAAUGGAUGAUAGUGGAUACAUAUCCUCCCUGGACUCAUCCAUCCUACGACCGCAACAGCAAACGCUCCUCGCGUCCGAGACUGAUCGGCUCGACAGGUCACGGAGCAAGCGGAAAGGCGGACGGGCAGAGGAUGAGAUCAGGCGCCUGCGUGGCUCAUCCUUCGACCCUAGUCCUACAAAGGGCCGCUCUCGCAACAAUACGGCAUUUGGACCUCAAUCUUCGUCGCCAGUUCGUAGGCUUGCUGGUGAAGGUCAGAUGCUUCCACCCCUGACACCUGCAUAUAAGCUGGCGCCGCCGCCACAGAUGGCACCACCGUCGGUCUCUCCCAACACCACACUUCAGCAACAUCGUAGGGAUGUGGCUAGGAUGAUCGAGUCGCCUUUGAAGCGCGUGAUGGGCCUUGCCGGUGACUGCGGAUGGGCAACACCUUCCAACGACAACAUUGACGAGUCAGUGUAUACCGACGGCUACGACUUCAACGCUGGAUACGGCGGCGACUUCUACAUCCUCCAAGACGCGACACCAGGCGGUCUCUACUCGAUUGCUGAGGACGGAUCUCCCGUCAAACGCAAGCGGUCGAUUAUGGAUUCAUCACCGCUCAAGCGACCAGCAAAGAGGCAAGGACUGCCACGACCAAAGUCCACUGCAGUCCUCGGGGAGGUGACGCACCCAAACCAACAGUUGUCGCUCGCGCCAGCUCCUCUUCUUAAGAGCAAGCUGUCACCUGCGAAAUAUUUUGCGCUCAAGUCACCAGGCAAGAAGAUGCCAGACCUUCCGUCAUCCCCAAGCAGGAUUCUUGCCGCGUCUCCUCUUAAGAUGGCUCCUGCACUAAGCACGUUGGACAACGUUAAUGAUGAGAAUGCGGUGCCAAGCGUUAUUUUUGAAGACUUUUGCUCUACGGAGCUGCUCGAAGAAACGAGCGAGUCGCACGACCUUGAUAUCAUGAAAGGUUUCGAACGGAUCGGCCACAACAUGGGGGCGGAUCCGGGGACUAUGCCAUUUGCCGUGGCGAACUUCAAACCUGGCCUCGGGCGCAGCCAUACUAGCAAUUUUUAG